GCCACUCACUCUUCUUCGGGUGCCCAGGCUAUCAGCACGGAAGAGAAGGGUAGCAUGACUGCGGGAGAGAAAGGCAGGGAGGAGGGGCCAGCCAAGAGUGCCCUGCGGAAGGUACACAGGGCCACCCUGGUCAUCAACUUGGCCCGAGGCUGGCAGCAGUGGGCAAAUGAGAACAGCACCAAGCAGGCCCAGGAGCCCGCAGGCUGGCUGCCCGGAGGGACGCAGGACCCACCUCAAGACCCUAAACCGGUGACACAUCCCACUCCCCACCAGAAAGCCCAGAGCGCCCCCCAGGCUCCCUCCCUGAAGCCAGCAGGGCCUGGGGAAGGACCGAGCUCAGGGCAGGCCUCGGAGGUCUCCCCGAUCAGAAGGAAAGAGGUGACCAAAACCGUUGUCAGCAAAGCUUACGAGAGAGGAGGAGACGUGAGCCACCUCAGCCAGCGGUACGAGGAUGGUGGCAUAGCUGGCCCUGGGCAGCCCGAGGAUGACAUCGACAGGAUCCUCCACAGCCACGGCUCCCCGACACGCAGGAGAAAGUGCACCAACCUGGUGUCCGAGCUGACCAAAGGCUGGAAGGAGAUGGAGCAGGACGAGCCCAAGUGGAGGAGCGACAGCAUAGACACGGAGGACAGCGGCUAUGGAGGGGAGACGGAGGACAGGCCCGAGCAGGACGGGGAGCAGGUGGCCCCUGCCCGGAUCAAAAGGCCCUUGCCCUCCCAGGCAAAUAGAUUUACAGAGAAACUCAACCGCAAGGCCCAACGGAAAUGCAGUCAACUGCAGGACCUGAAAGGAAAAUGGCAGCAGUGGGCUGAUGAACACAUACAAUCCCAGAAGCUCAACCCUUUCAGUGAAGAAUUUGAUUAUCAGCUGGCCAUGUCCAACCGCCUCCACAAGGGAGACGAAGGCUACGGCCGGCCCAAGGAAGGAACCAAAACCGCCGAGAGGGCCAAGCGAGCGGAGGAACACAUCCAUCGGGAAAUUAUGGACAUGUGCUUCAUUAUCCGCACAAUGGCUCGCCACAGGCGUGAUGGCAAGAUCCAGGUCACUUUCGGAGAUCUUUUUGACAGAUAUGUUCGUAUUUCAGAUAAAGUGGUGGGCAUACUCAUGCGUGCCAGAAAACAUGGACUGGUGGACUUCGAAGGAGAGAUGCUAUGGCAAGGCCGAGACGACCAUGUUGUGAUUACUCUGCUAGAGUGAACCUUCAACAGCAAAAGCCAAACCUGGCCCACUAAUGUCUUAAUGCGAAAUGCUAACUUAGUCGAAUUAAAAUGCAAACUGUUCUGUAAUAAGUAGGAAAUAUUAAACAAUUUUUACAUGAAUGACUUCUGGGUAUUCUAUUUCUGAGGAUGUUUGGAGAUUUUUGAGGAAGCACAAGCAUUUGAAAUUCUACUUAUCCUUUUAGGCAAUAAUAUUUGGCUAUUAAUUGCAGACAUUAUUAUAGAUCGUUAAUGAAAUAAUUACUACAUCUAAGAAGAGCGCUGAGUUUAGGUACUUAUCAGCAGUACAUAUUAUGCCAUUUUUCAGGAGAAAAAAAAAAGAAUUCCAUUAAGUUUGGCAAAACAAAUCUUAAACUUUUCUAAGCUUGACUUUGUAUAUUAUUUUAAUCAUAGCAUCACUUACAAAAUAGACACAC